AUGUCCGUGGUAUAUAAUGGGACUGCUAUCGUAGCGAUAAUUCUCUCCACACUUGAACGAUUCGAAUCGAGACAGGUUAUACGGAAAACGUGGACAUCAAAAAAACGAUCGAAAGCGAUAAAAGGUGGUUACGUCGCUGUUUACUUCAUCAUCGCUGCGCCAAAGCACGAUUAUGAUAACCAUAAACUCAUUGCCGAACAGGAACAAUAUAAUGAUUUAGUGGUGACAGAUCUGGAGGAAUCCUACGACAACUUAGUGCUGAAGGUCUAUACAGCUAUGCUAUUUUUCCAACGAUACUGCUCGAAAGCAAAUUUUCUCAUGAAGAUUGACGACGAUGUUAUAAUCCACUUAGAUCGUAUGAUUCAACGAUGGGAUGCGACGGCAAAUGAUGAGAAGUCUAUUUUUGGUCUCGUUUGGGAAGAACAUCAACCGAUUCGAGAUCCAAAGAAUAAAUGGUUUAUUCCUUAUGAAAAAUGGCCGAUGAAGUUCUAUCCGAAUUACUGCGAUGGACCUUUUUAUAUGCUUGGAAGAGGAGCGGUGAACAAAGUUAUUGAGUACACAAAGAAGUUCGAUCCAUUUCCUUUUGAGGAUGUAUUCUACACUGGAAUUGUUGCAACAUACGCAGGUAUACCAAGGGUUAACUGGUCCGACGGUGUGAUCGCAACAGAUGAGUUUAAAUGGAAAGGAAGAAUCGCUUGCGAGAACUCGUAUAAACCCCUAACAUUCGCCUUAUAUUCAUUUACAACGGCAGCCGGUACUAUGGAUGCGUUCCGGAAAUUGAACAUAUACAAUUGUUUGUAUGGACAAAUUGCCGGCAAAAUGGAGAAAUCGCCAACGAUCGAUGAAAUUUUCUCAACAUCCUGGCUGCAUCCAAAUGUCGAUAGAGCAUAA